GCACACACCACAAAGCGCACGGCGGGAGAACGAGAUUCAACGGUGAUGUAAACAUAAACAAGGCAGCGCAGUUGCAGUUGCGGUGAAAAAUCAAUAACUUUCUUACGCAAAAAUGUCUUCGGAUGGUGUUUACAGUCUAAUUGGAGACUUGGUGAGUGCGAUUGGACAAAAAUCCUGUCCGAAAGCGCCCGAUGUGUCGUUGAAAAAAUGCAAGUCGAUAGCAUUUGGGAUCCUGCUCGGGAAACGCUCAGCCAUCCGAAGAGGGUGUGUUGCGGAACCGACACAAAGUGAUCUGGAGAAACAGUUGAUUGCCGAAGAACCAAUCGAGAUGCUUCACUGUCAUCUUUUUGGGAUGCGCCUAAAGGCGCGAUAUAAGUACCAGAAACGGCGAUGCGAGCGAAUGGAAGAAGUUCUCGAUCGGUUGGAGCUGCACCGGAUAGGGGAGAGAGAGGGUUCGUUGGAGGAGAGCGAUAAAGCUGCUCUGCAGUUUCUACUACUAUUACGGGACUCGGUACCUGAUGGGAGAUAUGUUGGCGAGGGAGAGUCAUUCUUCGCAGGUGAUUUUAUGCCAUCCGAACGUUUGGGGCCCUACUCGAUAUUUAGGCAUGAACAUUUUCUACCAGAUGUCAAAAUACUGCGCGCUUUUAGCGAGGAAAGAUCUUCGAAUCCAUAUUGCUUCAAAGAAUCCGGAAAUAUAAUCUCAGAGGAGCUAUCCGGAAUGAUGGAGACGAAAAACCCCACAGGGCGAGAGAAAUGCAUUCCGCGAAUGGAGAGCACCCAUUUCAGUGACUCAAUGGCUGAAAUGGCCAAUUAUCAGGGUGCUUUUCGUUACAAUCUAACGAAAGGGCCCAUGGAUGAUGAUGAGCAACUGUUGACAAGUUUCGAGAUUAUACCGGGUGAUUCUGAUCAGCCCGUGAUUUCGGUCAGCAGUCAGCGGAACAAAAUUUUCAAUUUUAAUUGGGAGAACCUGGGCAAUCGUUACGUCCCUGUGGAGAAUCAGUUUGCUUCCGAGUGUAACUCGGUGCUCCAUUUGAAGGCACUUGGAGCGAAUCAGCUGAAAAAGACGCUAGAUGUGAGAGUGGUUCGGAACGAUGAUUUCCUGAGAGACGUUAAAUUGCUGUUGAACGGAAUCAGUUCCAGGUGCUUCCAUUACGACGAGAAGAACCGGUUCGUGAUGGUUGGGAAUUUCACCGUAGCAGAUUUGUCGCCUCUCACGAUGAGAGGUAUUGUAGACCAAUUCGUUGAGCUCGGUACAUGUUUCCGACGGUUGCAGAAAAUGACGAAGAAAAAUCCAUUCAGUCAUGCGAUGAUAUUCGAUGGAUUCGUUUUCAAGGCGUUUUGUGAUUGCGUCGAGAGGAUUCUGUGUUGCUUUCGUGUUAUUGUGAAUAGCUACGAGGGUCGAUCUCUGAUUCAACUUCAGCGCAAGGUGGAACCAAUGAAACAGCAGAUACUUGCAUUGGCCAAAUUCUGCGGUAUCCAUCCGAAAUAUGAAAGCGACAAAGACUUUCCCACUGGAUCAGUCUUCCUGGACUAUCUGUAUAAAGAGAUAAUACAUAUAACAAGCUCUGCGGUGGCUUCCUUUCUUUUGCACAUUUUGAAGCACUGCUGUUACGCUUAUUUUCUAUUGUUUCAACAGUGGCUGUUCGCUGGACAAUUACGGGACCCCAGUGGGGAGCUGUUCAUCUACUUUGUUAAUCAUUAUCGACCGAAGACAAAACAUUUCUUCGAUAAGGCAUUCCUGAUUCGGAGACCUGCGGUUCCUGGUUUUCUUAAGGGUUAUGAGGAGGAUAUAUUGCUCUGUGGAAAGUACACAAUGCUUCUGAAGGCGUUCCGGCCCACGCACCCAAUCUUCACGCUGCGAAUCCCCAAACUCGAGGUGUGCCUCUCGUACACCUCGGUCGGCCAGCUGAAGGCCCGCUGGCUGCAGUACGUGGCGAAGGCUCGGGACAUCUGCGGGUCGCCCGUCACGGUUUGCGAGCUGUACGAGCGCAAGCAGCGCGAGCGGGAGGAGUUCUUCCGGCUGGUGGAGGCAAACUUCCGGCGCAGCAUGGACCAGUGGCGACAGGAUCAGAACGCUGAGGCACAGGAGCUGCGGCGGCGGAAGGAACGCCGCAUGGAGGAGCUGUUGGAUCAGUUGAACGAGAUUCGGAUCAGUAAGCUGAGCGCGAAAAGGCAGGAGCUGGAGUUGGAGGAGAAAUAUCGACAGGAGGGGUUGGAGUUUGAGAACAGGAGAUUGUUGGCGGAGAAUUUGGAGCGAGAACGGGCGGUGGAGAGUUACAAAGAGUUGAAUCGGAUGAUGGAUAGGAAGCUGGAGAAGGCAGAGGGGGAAGUGGAGCGGUUGAAGGUGCAGCUUGAGAUCGGUGUGGAGCAGGCGGAAAGUAGUGAAAAUGAUUUUGAGUCGUGUGCGGGUAGCAUGGUGUCGGUGUACGAGGAUGCCCAGAAGAGUCCGAUGAGUGAUGGGAUGGGAGCUAUAUCCAGUGAGGAUGAUAACGAUAAUACAAUCGUGGAGAACCACCCGAAAGCAAUGACUGCGAGCGAUAUUGUGAAUUGUAAUGAUGUUGUCAGCGAGGGUGAGCGGAACAAGCAGAGAGUUUUGGGCUCGACUCUGGGCGCCCUUCUGGCGGAGGAUCAUGAGAACGCUAAUGUGGAUGCGAUUAAAGAAACGGCAGUCGCCGGGAUUCGCCAGCUAACGGAAGCGAGGAAGAAUAAGUUGAAGAUUCUCUCCAAAGAGUUCGAUAUAGUUGGAACGCAUGCUAAUGCUAAUGUGGUUAUGAGUGCUACGGAAGAGCGCCAGCGCAAUCGACAGAGAAUUUUGAUCAGCGAUUACGUCAGCAGGGAGGAUGAUAGUCGCGAGACGGACAACCCUAAAGUCGCCCGAGAGCUAAGCGCAUUGGAGAAGAAUCGUAUGAAAAUUAUGAGCCAAGAGUACAACGUGAUAUUGGAUGAUCAUGAUUACAAGCGGGAGAGGAAACGAGAAAUGUAUCUCAAUAUUGAUUCCGAUAGUGCCAGGAAUCGGCGUCGAGUUUUAGACAGUGAAUACAAUAUUUUCACUGGGCAGCAGAAUUUUGUGGACACUCCAAUGUCGGUCGAUAGUGAUACGGUUAGUGAGGAUAUUCAGCUUCCGCUGAUCACGGUUAAUGAUGAGGAGCCGCAGGACAUCAAUGCGAAUCCGAUUGAGCUGGAGAGUAACAAGUUGAAGCUGGAUACGGCGGUUGCCCAGGAGAAGUUCAAUGAGAGUCGCUUUGGCAUUCCGGACACCGCUCUGUUGGCACAGGAAACUCCCGAAAGCGCUUUGAAUACGGCCGGCUUGCAAGCAAAGCAAGGAUUCGAAUUUCCGCUGGCGCGUAGAAGUUGCUCUCCCUUGGGGCUUGAAUCGGAGGGAGAUUUCGAGGAGGAUGAGAUUUACAAGGAAUUCAUGGAAGCUAUGAAGAAGCGGGAUCUGAAUUUGUGUGAAUUGGCUCAGGUUAGUGAUGAUAUUGGAAGCAUUUCGGAGCUUCGCGAUUUGGACAGCGAACUGAAAAGCGUUGAUGUUUUGACCGUGACUCGAUUCCUCCAGAGUUCGCUCGUGAUUCCGCUGAAGGCCCAUUUGGAAAUAGUGAACAGUGAAAUCAUGAAAAUGUGUUUGAACGAUUUGGACUUGCUGGGACAGUUCGAAAGCUUGCGUAACUAUUUCCUACUGAUGGAUGGAGAAUUUUCCUGCUAUGUUUGUGAUAACAUUUUCAUAAUGCUUGAGGAAGUUCGAAGUCCGGACGAGUUGUUGAAUUACCAAACGCUGCACACUAUUUUGGAUUCGGCGCUAUGUUCGAGCGCAGCAGGCGCUGACAAAAAUGCAGAUCGUCUCUCCUUCAGUGUCGAACAAAUACCCGAACGGUUCGAUCUGUACCAUCCGAACGUUGUCAGCAUGUUGAAUCUCAGUUACCGUGUGGAUUGGCCUCUGAAUCUCAUUCUAAACCCGGAAACCAUCGAUCAGUACGCGAACAUCUUCAAGUACCUCGUGAAAGUUCGUCGUGUCAGCUUCGUUCUCGGGAAAUCCUUCCAACUGCUUAAGGAGUCAUUUAAGCAGUUCGGCAAACGGAUACUCACAUCGCCCCAAUACAGCCGGGUUCAGCUGAUUUCUCACAAGCUGUCCCAUCUGGUUAAUGCACUCAAAAACUACAUAACCAGCAGUGCUCUGCUGGCCUCCUGGGAGUCCUUCCGCAAGGACCUGGAAUCCGCCGCAUCCAUGGAGGAUCUCUACCGGAAGCAUACGCAUUACAUCAAACGGAUCCUAUUUCUGUGCCUCUUGAACAAGAAAAGCGUCGAGUUUUACAACAACAUGGAGGAGAUCUUCAAGGUGGUGCUUCGAUUCUACAAGCAUCUCAAAUCGAAAAGCUGGCGACCACGGGAUAAACUCAAUCCCAGCUCACCUCUUGUUCAUCCAAAGUACGAUCAGAUUCUGAACGAUGAAAGUGAUUUCGAGAAGCUCAUCAAGUACACGAUCUAUCUGGGGAAUAAAAUGUAUGACUACGGCUAUCAGAAGGAGAUUCACGAGUUCAUCAGUGUCAUCAACAUCAAUGGGUACUAUACCAGCAGCGCCGAGGAGGAGACUAACUGAAGGCCUCAUGUUCCUUAUAUCAUCGUGCUUCCUAUUGAAGGUCUUCGAUGGUGGGUGAUUUUUAUUUGAUUUCUUAUUACUAACUUUAAAAAAUCUAUAAUAGCUUAUAAUGUACAGUUAACCAUUGUUUCCACGAUGGCCAUUGUUGUUAUGUACACACACUCUCGUUCUAGCGAUGAGCGCAAAUUAUCGAAUAAUUUUCUCAUCGCGUGCCUAUUAUCAUAUAAUGUGUCAAUGUGUAAUCAGAAUCAUUCUCAAGUCUGAGCGAAAUGUAUAUGUUAGC